UGUGUUUGAGUGUGUGUGUGUGUGUCAUAAGUGCUACACUGGACAUUAAAACGGGUUUCAGUUGACAAACUAUUGGAAGUAACAUGGAGAACUACCAACAUGAACUGUUCUUUGAAAGCAAAAAGCUGAUGGACAGAGAGAAAGAAAAGAUCAGACGGCACUUUCAGAAAAGAAGAAAUUCUGGAGGAGGUGACUGUGGGAUGAUCACAAAUGUUGGCGAAAACAUCUAUAAGAUUUGCUUUAGGGAAAAAGAAGACCAGGAAAGGGUUUUGCAGAGGAAGGUUCACACUAUUUCACUUCCAUCUGGUGAGGUAUGUCUUGUGGUCCACCGUACCUAUCCACAAAACAAUCCUAACACCAUGGAUCAAGCGUCACGCUGUCAAGCACAGAAAUUCAUGGAAUCAAGUGUAGAAGGCCAUGAGAAGACUUUCCAUGUAGAUCUCUUUCUACUGUGUUAUCUCAGAGACAACCUCAAAGCACUUAAACUUAUACAGAAACAGCUCUCUUCAAUUGGCUGUUCAAUCCAGCUCAAUGUCGAGGAGGAGGAGCUUGUGGUUAGGGGCGACCAUAAAGACGGUUCUGGAGGACAUGAUGGCACUUCUGCAGACUUGUGGCAGGUAAAGGUGGACCGAGUCAUCAACGGGUUUAAGGAAAGCUACCUCUGUUACCACGUGUUAGAGCCAGAAAAAGAGAAACUAAUAAUGCGACACCCGUCCUUUGUGACCGACGCCAUAAAAGUGUACAGUAACGACGGUUACCCAGUCAUUGUGGGAGAGACUGAGAUUGUGAAGAGGAAAAUUGCCAUUCUGGAAAUGGACAUGCCAAACAGGAAGGAAUGCCCAGUUUUGGAGAAGCAGUUCAAUCUUUUAGAAGAAAUGUUUCUUCAAGAAAUGCGGAGACACUGUCCACAGGUUAAAAUUCUGAGAACCCAGUCGGAUAUGAUCAUCUUAGAAGGACCUGAUGAGGAGGUAGAAUCAGGAUCAGCAAAACUAAAUGAACUGAUCAAAAACGUGAAGGAAAAGAGAGUUGAUCUCCCAAAGGCAAUGCAGUACUUCAUAACAGUCAGUGGUGCCAUAUUUAAGUAUGAGAAUACUUUCCGGCAGUGCUUCAGAAAACCUGUUUCUCUGAUGUUCGACUCAGACCUUGUUCUGUCCAGUCUGUCCUCUGAUGUUCUGGAUGAAGCUAUCAAAAUUAUUCAUAGAGACAUAUCUGUAGUUACUCUUCAUUUACAGGGUGCUGCAGCGAUACCUCCAGAUCUAGACAGAAUCAAGGAAAUCCUGCAUGAAGCAAAAAAUAAAGCAAAUGCUACAGAGCUUAGAGUGGACGUCAGAUACACCACGGGACCUACAGGACCUUCAAGGACAGAAGUACGUUUGGUUGGCUACACUGAAAACGUAAACCAGCUUAAAGACCUGCUGCAUGACUACCAGAUGAACCACACUGAGGCACAUGAAGUACUGAACCUGCCAAUUCCCCAAAUGGUUGACCAUUUUGAUAAGAUCUUGGGUUGGAUUGGCAUGAAACAGCCCAAAGUGAUGUUGAAACCCUCACAUAUUCCCCAUCCUUGUGUGCUUAUAUCUGGUUCUUGCCGUCUAGUCCAGGAAACUCAGCAGGCUCUAAAUGCUGCUCUCAGCAGCGUGACAUCAGACACAUUAGUUCUAGAUGGACCAUGGGCUCAGCAGUAUUUCCAAGAAAAGGGCAAAAUGAGCAAAGACCUGGUUGAGAACUCCUGCCAAGUCCUCGUUAUGAUAAAGGACAGCAUGCCAGAAGACCUGAGGGCAAGCACCGCUGUCAGCAAUGUUGCACCAAAUACAACAACCACCAGAGGGCGGCACAACACCUUUGACAGUAGCAGCAGCACAAGUGCAGCAAAUGCAGCAACAAGCAGCACAUCCACCACCAGAUGUCGCUAUCACACCUUUGACAGUGGAAGCAGCACAUCAAAUAGGAUGAAUGUGGCAGCAAGCAAUGUAAGCCUGGAGUUCAAGCUCGGGAGUGUGGUGGACGAGCAGGUGGAUGUGUUAGUGGCCCCCAUGCUCAAGAAGCAACUCACCUCUACUAAAAUCGGCAAAUGUCUGUUGAGCAAAUCUUCAGCAAUCAAAGCCAAGUUUGACAAAGUCGCAAAGAAAUGUCGCCUUGCCCCUGGUGAUGUUUUGCAGCUUAGUGGACCUUCGUCACUGAGUUGCUCCAAGAUCUACUUCAUUGAAUGCCUGUCAUGGGACGGAGCUAAAGGGCUGAGUGUGCAGGCACUGGGAGACGGGCUCAGGAAAUGUCUGGACCUCUGCAGACAGCAGGGCUGCAUUUCUGUGGCCUUUCCAGUCAUCGGACCAGGAAUAUCUCUCAUGAUCCCACAGACAGAAGCUAUUAGAGUGUUAAAGGAGAAAAUUAUCCAGUUUGUGUCAUCCCAAAACCAUGGUACUGUUUCCAAUAUCCGUAUAGUCAUUAAAGAAGAUUAUCCCGACUCAGAGGAGUUCUACCAUGAGGUCUACAGACACUUCAGUUUAAACCAAGAAAGCCAAGCGAUUUUCAAGUCUGUCACAGGCAACCUCGAUGAAAUCACGAUAACGGUGCCAGAUGGAGUCAAACUCCAGCUGGCAUUUGGUGACAUCAGCAACGAGACAACAGAUGUUGUCGUGAACACGACAGACUUCUCUAACUUUAACACAGAUGUAUGCAAGGCCAUAUUAGCAAAAGCUGGACCAGUGGUGGAGGCAGGGCUGAAAGCAGUAGCAAAAAAGAACGGUGGACAGAUUUUUGCCUCUGCACCUGGCCAGUUCCCUUGCAAAACCAUUUUUCAUGUGAGCGGAGAACGAGAUGCAGUCAUUAUUAAGCAAGUGGUGUAUGGCAUCCUUCAGUGCUGUGAGGCCAACGGGCUCAGGUCUGUGGCCAUUCCUGCCAUCUGUGCCGGAGCUGGUGAACUGCAGCCUGAUGUUGUAGCAGACGCUAUCCUCCGAGCAAUCCACGCCAUCACGUUCUCCUCUACACUGCGUUGCCUCUGCAACAUCCGCAUCGUUUUGUCUUUGAUCAAUGUUUUUCUAGCGUUUAAAAAGAAAGCAAUGCAGCUGUUUCCUUCUGAUGUAAUCACCACAGAAUCAGUGCCUCAGUUGCCUCUUACCCAGCAACACCAGCCUCCACCCCCAAUAAAAUUGGACCCAAGCAUUUUGCACAUCCGUUCUCCAAUUCAGCAGUCCGUCUUUCUGAUCUUGGGUUUAUGCAGAAAGGAUGUUGAUAAUGCCAUGACCCAGCUGAAACAGCUAUAUCAGACUCAGUUCCUCAGAGAAACCUUCAGUACCGAUGAUCUUGCAGGCUUCAGUCAGGACGAUCUGAACAAUCUAGCCCAGAUGAUGGAGACCAUGGGCUUGCAUGUUGAACAAGAGCAGUCUGGUGAAGGUAGAUGGGUGGUGAGUGGAUUAAAAGAUGAUGUCAACCAGGUGAGGCAGAUGAUUCAUGUCAAGGUGCACACCAUCCUCAAGAAAGAGGUGAGAGGCAAGAAGGAGGAAGAGCUCUACAACCUCAUAGCCUGGUGCAUCCAGGGACAUGGCGACAUUUGGGAAAGGCUCCCCAAGGCAGCCAAUCACAACCUGGAAAAUGAUAAAGUUUUGGGUGGAAUAGUGGAUGAACAGGGCAUCCACUGGAAUGUGGAUCUUACGAAGAUGGAGGCCCAAAGAAUGGGACAGACAAGAAAGCUGAAAAGACUUCUGAAUCUACCAGACUUCCCUAUUCCCCUGUACUGGGACAACAUGAGCGCCGGUGAAAAUUUGAAAGUGGUUCCUCUGCAGCCUUCCUCUGCAGAGUACUGCACAGUGAAGACGGCCUUUGCUGCAACGGUGGCAAAACAUGUCGUAAAGAUUGAGCGUUUGCAGAAUGUCCAUCUGCGACAGGCGUAUGAAGUGCAGAAGAAACGCAUUGCUGAGAAAAACGCUCAGCUUAGGGGCAGAGUUGAAAAAUUUCUCUACCACGGAACAUGUGGAGACAAUUGCAACGCCAUCAUGAAAACUGGGUUCAACAGGCGCUACGCUGGGCAAAAUGGGACUCUGUGCGGUUUUGGAACAUACUUUGCUGUCAGCGCCGGGUACUCAGCCAACCCCAUCUACUCUAAACAGCUGUUGAUGGUUUCCCAGCUGAUGUUUGUGGCCCGAGUCCUGACUGACAAACCUUGGUUGUGUUCUCUUACAGAAAUUUGCAAAUCUCUCGCCUGUAACCUUGAUGAACUCACACUAACCGUGGGAGGCAGAGUCAAACUACAGCUGGUGCAGGGAGACAUCGCCAAGGAGACAACCGAUGCUGUCGUGAACACAACAAACUUCAUUAAUUUUAAUACAAGCACAUGUAAGGCCAUCUUAGCUAAAGCUGGACCAGAAGUGGAGGCUGCUCUAAAAACCGCAAAAGUGGAUGCAGGAGGAAUUUUUGUCACCCAGCCUGGCAACUUCCCUUGCAAAAUCAUUUUUCAUGUGAGCGGAAAAGGGAACACGAAAACUGUUGAAGAACUGGUGCUUGACAUCAUUUCACGCUGUGAAACCGCCAAACUCAACUCUGUGGCCAUUCCUGCCAUCUGUGUCGGACCUGGUAAUCUCAAACCUGAGGCUGUUGCAGGUGCCAUCUUCCGAGCAGUCCACACUUCCACUUCCUCUGCUUUAUUCAACUACCUGUCCACCAUCCGCAUAAUUCUGUUUGAGACCAAUGUUUUCCUGGCAUUCAAGCAGAAAGCCAUCCAAAGGUUUCCUUCUGCUGCCAUGAGCACAGUGUCAACGCUUCAUGCUCCACAACACCAGCAUCCACGCUCUAGGACGCAACACCAAAAUGACUUUCACACCGUUUCUUCCAUGAAACAAUCCAUCUUCCAGAUUGUGGGUCUUUCUGAAACCAAUGUGGAGCAUGCCAUGGCCAAGAUGAAACAGCUGUAUCAGACUCAAUGCGCCACAGAAACCAUAGACAUUGAAGGCUUCACUGACCAGGACAUGAAAUAUGUGAUGGAUACGAUGGCAACUGUAAGCUUGCAUUAUGCUAAGGAGGAGUCUGACAAAGGUGUACUGAAAAUAACUGGGCCAAAAGAUGGCAUUAACACACUGAGAAUUAAGAUGAUUGCAAGAAAAAAAGUAUAUUCAGAAAAGAGCAUAGAGAAGAUGAGGGCGUCCAUGAUAGUCUUCAGCUUCUCUCUUAUCCACUUCUCCAUCAAUGUAACCACAUCGUACAGUUUCUUUCCCACAGAGCUGGCCGUUCUCAACCGGUUUGCCCAGUAUGAUGACUUUAAUCUUCCUCUGUACUGGGACAACAUGACUGCUGAUGAAAAUCUGAAAGUGGUUCAACUGCAGUCUACUUCUGCUGAGUACAGGAAAAUUGAGCGUGUGCAGAACAUCUAUCUCAGAUGUGCCUAUGAAGUGCAUCACAGACGCAUUUCUGAUAACAACAGACAACUUGGGCAAGACAUUGAAAGGACUCUGUACCACGGGACCACUGAAGACAGCUGCAAAUCCAUCAUGACAAGUGGCUUCAACAGGAGCUACUGUGGCCAAAAUGGUAACCAUCUUCUGUCCUAUUUGUUUCAUUUGCUUUUGCAAAAACAGAUUUUCCUGAAAAGCUCAAUAGAUUUCUAUUCUUAUUUUUCUUUAUCAGUAUUGAUCUUGAUGGAUUGGUGUUUUCUUAAAGCAGGCAUUUCAUAUAGUUUCCACAGGAUUAGCAUCACUGAAAAGAUUUCAAGUGUGUGGAAAAACUAUAUUUCAAAACAGUCAGGUUUUGAAUUUCAUUGGUUUGGGUCAUCUUGGCAGAUCGAGCGAAUCCAGAAUGUCGACCUUCGCCGAGCCUAUAAAGUGCAGAAGAAACGGAUUUCUAAUAAGAAUGUGCACCUGAAGGCAGGAGGUGAACUCCUUCUGUACCAUGGGACCACUGAGGGCAACUCCAAGUCCAUCAUGAAAACUGGAUUUAACAGACGCUAUGCUGGACAAAAUGGUACUUCAUAUGGCCAAGGAACAUAUUUUGCAGUAGACGCCAGCUAUUCAGCCAACCCUGCCUACUCUAAACCAGCUGCUGGUGGUUCCCAGCUGAUGUUUGUGGUUCGUGUCCUGGCUGGUACCUACACUCUGGGAAAUAAGGACAUGAAAGUGCUUCCGCCUCGCAACCCCCAGCAGCCCCAUGACCUCUAUGACAGUGCUGUGAAUAAUUUGGACAACCCCACCAUGUUUGUUGUGUUCCAUGAUGACCAAGCAUACCCAGACUAUCUCAUCACCUUCAAGUGACUGUUACAGGCAAAGUGAUGC